AUGAAUAAUAACUCGGAUUCGGAGAAGGCAGUAGACGAGCAGUUUGAACAAAGAACUGCGUCCCCUGACGUGGGAAAAAGACAAAAGGUCAAGGCUCACUCCAAGAAGUGGUGGUGGAUUUACUUGAUAUUAUUUUGCGCUGGCUUCUUGAUCAUUACGCUUCCUAUAAUCUAUGUCGGUUUCCCCAACAUCGCGCAACAUGGAGUCAAUAAAGCGCGCCUUGAAGUCACAGGAUUGGAAUUUUAUAAUCCCACCCCGGAUCAUAUUGAAGUCACCGAGAGAAUCAUAACGCACAACCCUAGCAUGUACACCCCAACUCUCGAUCCAUGGUCGGGUGGCACGUUUGUGGUGACGAAUGGAACGUAUUCGGAAAAAGCGAUCCUUUACCUGCCGGUACCUAAAACCCACACAAAGCAUCCUGUUUCAAACGCCGCCAUCGUCAAUGCGACAGUUCCAAUCUAUGACCAGGACCAGAUCGCUCUGUACGCGACGCAACUUUUGACGCUGAAACAAGUUACCACAGCAUUGGUGGGAAAACCAUUGCUGCAUAUAGGAAAGCUUCCAGCGAUACACGUCAAGUAUAAUGCUUCAACCACAUACAAUGGACUGAAUGGUCUGCAAGGUUUCAAUGUGACGAACAUCAGGAUUGACCCCGGCAACACACUCCUGAUUCUACCAAAUAUGAACGGCACUGCCUUCAUUCCCAACCCGUCUAACAUCACUGUUGACAUGGGAAAUGUCACAUUCUCCCUCAAGGACCCCAAAGGCGUUGAAGUCGGGAAAACUCUGAUCGAGAAUAUGGUUCUCAGACCUGGUGAUAACCACAUUCCCUUGAUCGGAAUGUUGAACCAAACUUUGAUACUGCCCUCUCUGGAGAACGGGUUUGCCAACCUCACAAUCACUGGAACGGAUGUUGUUUACAACGGGAAACAUAUAACAUAUUAUGAAAAAGCCUUAGCCGCCAACAUCCUUCACUUACGCUUGAACGUCUUCCAGAUUCUCAAAGACAGCCUGGGAGUAUGA